ACUACCUAAAGGCAUGUUAUUCAAUUUCAACAUGGGAAACCAACUGAACUGUAGCCUUUUUCUGGAGCCAUGCUGGUUUAUAUUCCUUUUUCUUUUCUUUUUUUUUUUUUCCUCCUUUGGCCUCUUUUCUUUAAAUUUGUUUCUUCUUUUUCUUUCUCUCUUUAUAUAAAUCCACUUCCUUUUUGGGAGAAUCAUAAAAGACAAACAGCUCUAUUUUUAUGUGCCCUUCAUACUCAUAUUCUCUGUGCCUCUCUAAAUCAAAGCUCACCCUCCCUCUCCACCUUGGGAAGAUCAUACCAACAUGGAAAGUGAUGCUGGGGAAAACUUGUUUGGCACAUUCUCCUCCUCCACGACAUCCAUCACCGCCUCAUCAUCGUCAUCACCAACAUCUUCCACCACAACAAGCUCAAACUCAUGCACCAAACAUGACUCCAAAAUAAGUCCACCUCAAAAUCAAAACACCCCAAAUAGCAAGAAAAGACAAAGAAGUGAUGACAAUGAGAACAAACACCACCCUAGUUAUAGAGGUGUGAGAAUGAGAGCAUGGGGAAAAUGGGUGUCUGAGAUCCGUGAGCCAAGAAAGAAGUCAAGGAUAUGGCUUGGAACAUACCCUACUGCAGAAAUGGCAGCAAGAGCACAUGAUGUGGCAGCUUUAGCCGUCAAGGGCCAUUCAGCUUUCCUCAAUUUCCCCAAUUUAGCUCAAGAUCUUCCAAGGCCCACCACCACAUCUCCCAAGGACAUUCAAGCUGCAGCUGCAAAAGCAGCAACCACCACUUUCUUUGAUGAUGAAAUUGUUAACCACUGUCAAGCUGAAAAAGCUGAACAAAACCAUGGAGAACAACAAGCUUCUCCUUCAACUCUAUGCAUGAUGGACAAUAGUACUGAAGCAGAGCAAAUUCAAGCAGAACAAGCUUCUUCCACUCAAGAGUCUUCUAGUUCUCAUUCUACUGCAGAUGAAGAGACACUGUUUGACCUACCAGAUCUUUUCCCUGAUGGAAACUCUGGACUUUUCUCCUAUUCUUCUUGUUGGCAUUUAUGUGCAGUUGAUAGUGGAUUCAGGCUAGAAGAGCAGUUUUUGUGGGAGAAUUUCUAGUAGUAGAGAUUGUUUCAUUUUUAAAAUAAAAAAUAUAUAUAAUAAGAGAAAACAGACUAUAAAAUUGAUGAGGUUUUAUCUUCAUGUUUACGGCAAUAGUGUAAUCUAAUGGCAGCAUACCACUUCAAGAAAAGUUUACCCUUUGAAUCUGUAAAUUGAUGUUCUCCAGUGCUAUUUUUUUUGGUUCUGCAGUGAACGGAUUAAAAUAUAAAGGAAAAAUAAUAAUUAUGCCAAAUGUGACAAAUGCUUA